AUGGCCUUCGCUACCCGACAGUUUGCCCGUGCGGCCACUCGAGCUACCCGCAGUGGCUUCGCUAUUGCCCCCCGACAGGUUAUCCGCCAGCAGGGUCGCCGUUAUUACUCUUCCGAGCCCGCACAGAAGUCCUCUUCAGCUUGGAUCUGGCUGACAGGUGCCGCUGUUGCUGGAGGUGCUGGCUACUACUUCUAUGGCAACAGUGCUUCUUCCGCCACUCCCAAGGUCUUCAAGCCUAGCAAGGAAGAUUACCAGAAGGUCUACAACGAGAUUGCCGCUCGCCUGGAGGAGAAGGAUGACUACGAUGAUGGCAGCUAUGGCCCCGUUCUCCUCCGUCUCGCCUGGCACGCCAGUGGCACCUAUGACAAGGAGACUGGUACCGGUGGCAGCAACGGAGCUACCAUGCGAUUCGCCCCUGAGGCUGACCACGGCGCCAACGCUGGUCUGGCUGCUGCCCGUAAAUUCCUUGAGCCUGUGAAAGAGAAGAACCCCUGGAUCACCUACUCUGAUCUCUGGAUUCUUGCUGGUGUUUGCGCUAUCCAGGAGAUGCUGGGUCCCGUCAUUCCCUACCGACCUGGUCGUGCCGACCGUGAUAUCUCUGGCUGCACACCCGAUGGUCGUCUCCCCGAUGCUUCCAAGCGCCAGGAUCACCUCCGAGGUAUCUUCGGCCGCAUGGGCUUCAACGACCAAGAGAUUGUUGCCCUGUCUGGUGCUCACGCUCUUGGUCGAUGCCACACCGACCGAUCUGGAUACGAAGGUCCCUGGACUUUCUCUCCUACUGUUAUGACCAACGACUACUUCCGCCUUCUUGUCGAGGAGAAGUGGCAGUGGAAGAAGUGGAACGGUCCCGCUCAGUACGAGGACAAGUCUACCAAGUCCCUCAUGAUGCUGCCCAGUGAUAUUGCUCUGAUCGAGGACAAGAAGUUCAAGCCUUGGGUCGAGAAGUACGCCAAGGACAACGAUGCUUUCUUCAAGGACUUCUCCGAUGUCGUCCUCCGACUAUUCGAGCUCGGAGUUCCUUUCGCCCAGGGCACCGAGAACCAGCGAUGGACUUUCAAGCCUACACACCAGGAAUAA